GCUGCUCUGAAGUGGUGCGCACAGACUGCAAGGAUCUCAUCAGGGACUAAUCUUUAAUAUUUGUUUGCGAUGGAUGGACGCAGUGAGGAUGAAAGUGUCAGCAACAGCAGCGGAGAGUCCAGUAAUUCAGAUGAUGAGUCUGGGUCAGGAUCGGGUUCUGGCUCCGGCUCGAGUUCAAGCAGCAGCAGUUCUAGCAGUAGCCAAUCAGGGAGCAGUGACUCAGGAAGCGGCUCGGAUUCUGGAAGCCAAUCAGACUCGGACUCUGAGAAAUCCAAGGAAAAGAAUGAUCAAGACAACAAAAUCGACGGAGCAGCGUUUUGGAAGUCCAAUCCCAGUAUCCUGACAGUGCAAAGGUCAGCCAUGCUCAGGAAACAACAGCUUCAACAGCAGCAGCAGCUCCAGCAGCAGAGCUCCUCAAACACUGGCUCAGACGAGGACUCUUCCAGUAGUGAUGAGUCGGAUGAUGACUCAAAGAGCAGGAGUAAAGGGUCUGGUUCAGACUCGGACUCGGGCUCUGGUUCAGGAAGUGGCUCGUCUGACUCUCCAGCAGAGGAGCAAGGGAACAGUGACGAGUCCGUGUCAGACUAUGAGCCCAGUCACAAAGUCAAGAGCAGAAAACCUUCAAACAAGGCCAAUGCCAGGAAUGGGAGAAAUAACAACGCUCCUAAGAAGAAGCCCUCCCGCUCCUCCUCAGAUGACGAGGACGACUAUAAAAAAGCUUUAGCGGGACCUCGGCGGCAGGCCACAGUCAAUGUGAGCUACAAAGAAGAUGAAGAACUGAAGACUGAUUCAGAUGACCUGGUGGAGGUGUGUGGAGAGGACGUCCCACCGCCGGAGGAGGACGAGUUUGAGACACUGGAGAGAGUUAUGGAAAUGAGGAUAGGCCGGAAAGGAGCAACGGGGGCCGUAACCACAGUGUAUGCAGUAGAGGCAGAUGGGGACCCCAACGCCAACUUUGACCCCAACAGACAGCCAGGAGAGGUGCAAUACUUGAUGAAAUGGAAGAACUGGUCCCACAUUCACAACACCUGGGAGACAGAGGAGACGCUCAAACAACAGAACGUGAAGGGCAUGAAGAAACUGGACAACUUCAAGAAAAAAGAUCAGGAGAAAAAGAAAUGGCUCAAAGCUGCCUCGCCUGAGGAUGUGGAGUACUUCAACUGUCAGCAGGAGCUCAUGGAUGACUUGCAUUCACAAUAUCAGCUUGUGGAGAGAAUCAUCGGACAUUCAAAUCAGAAGUCUGCCGCAGGUUAUCCAGAUUACCUUUGUAAAUGGCAGGGGCUGCCGUACUUCGAGUGCAGCUGGGAAGACGGUGCACUCAUUGGCAGAAAGUUUCAAAAGUGCAUUGAUGAAUACAUGAGUCGGAAUCAGUGCAAAACCAUUCCCUCCAGAGAGUGCAAGGUUUUAAAACAGAGGCCACGGUUUGUACCCAUGAAGAAGCAGCCUCCCUACAUUGGCGCAGAUGGAUUGGAGCUGCGCGACUAUCAGUUGGAGGGUCUGAACUGGAUGGCCCAUUCUUGGUGCAAAGGAAACAGUUGCAUCCUGGCAGAUGAGAUGGGUCUGGGCAAAACUAUCCAGACUAUCAGCUUCCUCAAUUACUUGUUCCAUGAGCACCAGCUUUACGGGCCGUUCCUUCUGGUGGUGCCUCUGUCUACCCUCACAUCCUGGCAGAGGGAGAUCCAGCUCUGGGCUCCUCAGAUAAAUGUUGUGGUGUACCUGGGAGACAUCAGCAGCAGAAACAUGAUCCGGACACAUGAAUGGAUGCAUCCGCAGACCAAGCGACUCAAGUUCAACGUUCUGCUUACUACAUAUGAAAUUCUGCUGAAGGAUAAGUCAUUUUUAGGAAAUGUGAGCUGGGCGUUCAUUGGUGUAGAUGAGGCCCAUCGGCUGAAGAACGACGACUCGCUCCUCUACAAGACUAUGAUUGAGUUCAAGUCCAACCAUAGGCUUCUGAUCACAGGCACACCCCUCCAGAACUCACUCAAAGAGCUCUGGUCUCUGCUGCAUUUUAUUAUGCCUAUAAAAUUUCACUCGUGGGAGAUGUUUGAAGAGGAACAUGGCAAAGGCAGAGACUCUGGCUAUACCAGCCUUCAUAAGGAGCUGGAGCCCUUCCUGCUGCGCAGAGUGAAGAAGGAUGUGGAGAAAUCUCUGCCUGCCAAGGUGGAGCAGAUCCUCAGGGUGGAGAUGAGCGCUGUUCAGAAACAAUACUACAAGUGGAUAUUGACGAGAAACUAUAAAGCCCUGAGUAAAGGCACUAAAGGAAGCAAGUCAGGCUUCCUCAACGUCAUGAUGGAGUUGAAGAAAUGCUGUAACCACUGCUACCUCAUUAAAUCGCCUGAGGACGAGUUCUACAACAGACAAGAAGGCCUACAGCACCUCAUUCGCAGCAGUGGGAAGCUGAUUCUUCUGGAUAAGCUGCUGGUUCGGCUGAAGGAACGAGGGCACCGUGUGCUUAUCUUCUCCCAGAUGGUCCGGAUGCUGGACAUCCUGGCUGAGUACCUGAAGUACCGGCAGUUCUUAUUCCAGAGACUGGAUGGUUCCAUAAAGGGUGAAAUGAGGAAGCAGGCUUUAGAUCAUUUCAAUGCAGAGGGCUCUGAGCUCCUCUCUCAAUUUAAGGUGGCAAAUUUCUCCAUGAUGGAGGAGGAGGAGAUUGACAUGGACACUGAGAGGGAUGAUAGGAACUGGGAUGACAUUAUCCCAGAGGAGCAGCGGAGGAGACUCGAGGAAGAGGAGCGACAAAAAGAGCUAGCAGAGAUCUAUUUACUGCCCCGCAUGAGGAAGUGCGCUAAACAGAACAACUUUAAUGGAAAUGAGGGCAGGCGUAGCCGGAACAGACGAUACUCUGGUUCAGACAGCGACUCUGUCUCUGACAGAAAGAGGCCCAAGAAACGAGGAAGACCUCGAACUAUUCCAAGAGAGAACAUUAAGGGUUUCACUGAUGCUGAGAUACGCAGGUUUAUCAAAAGUUAUAAAAAGUUUGGUGGCCCUUUAGAAAGGCUUGAUGCUAUCGCUCGCGAUGCUGAGCUGGUGGAUAAAUCUGAGCAUGAUCUGCGGCGGCUGGCUGAGACCGUACAUAACGGCUGUUUGAAAACGCUAAGAGAGAACCCCUGUGGACCUGAACGAAGCUCAGGAGGCAGGCGAGGGAAGGUGAAAGGACCCACCUUCAGGAUCUCAGGGGUUCAGGUCAAUGCUAAGCUGGUGAUCUCUCAUGAGGAGGAACUGGCACCAUUACACAAGGCCAUUCCCGCUGACCCUGAGGAGAGGAAGAGGUAUAUAAUCCCAUGCCACUCAAAGGCAGCUCAUUUUGACAUUGAGUGGGGUAAAGAGGACGACUCCAGCCUGCUUAUUGGGAUUUAUGAGUACGGUUAUGGCAGCUGGGAGAUGAUCAAGAUGGACCCAGACCUCAACCUCACACAUAAGCUCCUUCCUGAUGACCCUGACAAGAAGCCACAGGCCAAGCAGUUGCAGACACGAGCUGACUACCUCAUCAAAUUACUGAGCAAAGACCUCGCCAAGAAGGAAGCACAGAAACAGGCCGGCACAGCAAAUUCACGCAAGAGAAAACCACGGGGCAAGAAGAAUAAAGCGGUAAAGCCGAAGAUGGAUGAUGUGACGAACAGUCUGUCCUCUGCACCGCCAUCAGAUAAGAGCUCUGAAGAAGAGGAUGAGAAGGAGGAAGAGGAAAUGGAAACUCCUCCAGUUAAGCCGCCCAACAGAAGAGCAUGCGUGUCAGAGCGGUCGGUAAAGGAGGAGGAGGAUGAGGAUGAGGAGUCUGAUGAGGACGAGCCUGAGGAUAAAGAGCCCGAUGAGAAGGACAUCAUGGAGAAAGUGGUCAAAAAAGAGAUUAAGAAGGAGAAGAAAGAGGAGGGUCUGGACAGCAAAGAGAGGGAACCAAAAGAGAAGGAGAUGAAGCCAGAGCCUGAAGAAGAGACUCCUGCAGAGAAGGCUGUGGAGGUGAAAGCCGAUACCCCUGUGCACACGCCCUCCGGAGGAGAUGCACUUCCCCUGUCUGACGAGUCUGAAGAACUGGACCAGAAAACCUUCAGCGUGUGUAAGGAGCGCAUGCGGCCGGUGAAGGCAGCACUCAAGCAGCUGGAUCGACCGGAGAAGGGUCUGUCUGAGCGCGAGCAGCUGGAGCACACGCGUCAGUGCCUGAUCAAAAUAGGAGAUCACAUCACCGAGUGUCUGAGAGAAUACACCAACCCCGAACAGAUCAAACAGUGGAGGAAAAAUCUGUGGAUAUUUGUUUCGAAAUUCACGGAAUUUGAUGCAAGGAAACUGCAUAAACUAUACAAACACGCCAUCAAGAAAAGACAAGAAAAUGCUCAGGCAGUGGAGCAGAACACUAGCACUGUAAAUGCACAAAGCUUUAAACAUGCAGAUGUUGAGCGGAUGAAGGAGUCCCAGCAGGACGACAGCAGCAGAGACAGCUACAGCUCUGACAGACAUCACUCAUCUCGCUACCAUGAGCACAGCAAAGAUCGGCACGCUGGCGACUCGUACAGGAAGAGCUCCGAUGCCAGGAAGAGACCCUACUCCUCCUUCAGCAACGGCAAAGACCACCGAGAGCGAGAGAGAGACCAGUACAGAGAGAGAGGAGAGCGACAGGACAGCAGGUCAUUACACACGCUUUUCUGUUUGCCUUUACUCUAAAAAUGUGCUUAACAU